AGAGGACACUGAGCCUUGUGACCACCAUGCAGUGGACGGCGCCCAGAACCUGGGCACUCCUUUGGACACUCACCUACGCUCUUCAAGUGGACACCAAGCUUGUCCGGAGUUACAAUCAUGUCAAGAGCAUCUGUAGCAUGUGGGGCGGACAUCACUACAAGACCUUUGACGGGGAUGUCUACCAGUUUCCAGGGAUGUGCGACUAUAACCUGGCUUCUGAGUGCCAUUCGUCCUUCCAGGACUUCUCUGUCCAUGUGAAGAAAAAGAUGGACGAUAAAGGCAAGAUCACAGUCAGCCAAGUCACAGUGACCAUCAAGGACCUGCCUAUUCACCUGACCAAACAGCUGAUUAUGGUCGGGGGAGAAAUUGUCUCCACUCCCUACCAUGUGUCCGGAGUCUUGAUCAAGGAAACCUCUGCGUACACUAACCUCCACUACAAGCUGGGCCUCAGUGUCAUGUGGAACAGAGAUGAUGCUGUCAUGGUGGAGCUGGACUCCAAGUACUCCAAUCGCACAUGUGGCCUUUGUGGAGAUUACAAUGGUGUCCCAAUCUACAAUGAGUUCAUUCACCAAGGGCGUCACAUUGGUGCUAUCGAGUUUGGCAACAAGCAGAGAAUCCACAACCCAAACGUGGAAUGUGAGGAUCCUUAUGAGGAGGAUAUAGAAGAACAUGAACAGCAGCAUCAGCAGCAGCAGGACUUAUGUGCGGAAGCUCAAACCAGCUGUGCCCGGCGUCUCCUCUCUUCCGCCUGGGCCUCCUGUGCCAGCGUGCUGGACCCUGGCCCCUACAUCAACGCCUGCACCAUGGACCUGUGCCACGAGGCGCAGCCAGCGGACGGGUCCUCCAUGUGUGUCACUCUGGCCGAGUAUUCCCGCCAGUGCUCCCACGCCAGGGGCACCCCGCCGAACUGGAGGACAGACAGAUUCUGUGCCAUAACGUGUCCCUACAACAUGGUGUACUUGGAAAGUGGAUCCCCUUGCAUGACCACCUGCACACACUUGGAGUCCAACUCUCUGUGUGAGGAGCACAACAUAGAUGGCUGCUUCUGCCCUGAAGGGACUGUGUUUGACGACCUGUCUAAAAGAGGAUGCAUCCCAAAAGAGCAGUGUCAGUGCAAACAUGACAGAAUCUACGAUAACGGGGAGGUGCUGCGGACAGACACUGAGGAAUGUGCUUGCCACGAGGGCCGCUGGUCAUGCAAAAGCCAUGCCCGUGCAGGGACAUGUGCGGUGGAAGAGGGGUCCCACGUCACCACCUAUGAUGGCAAAACAUACAACUACCAUGGAGACUGUUUCUAUGUGCUCUCCAAGGACUGUGUGGAUUCAAAGUUCUCCAUUUUGGGAGAGUUGGCACCAUGUAGUUCCCAGGACUGGGACACCUGUCUUAAGAGGGUAGUUUUGAGAUUGCUGGGGGACAAGAAAAAUGACAUUGUCAUCCAGGCUAAUGGUAAAGUGCAGCACAAUGCAGAGGUCAAUUUGCCCUACAGCAAUGGCGAUGUGACCAUCUUCCAGCCGUCUUCCUUCCACAUCAUCUUGCAAACCCACUUUGGGCUUCAGCUACAGAUCCAGCUGGUUCCCAUCAUGCAACUGUACAUCUCUCUGGAUGAGAGCUUUAAGACCAAGACUUGUGGUCUGUGUGGAAACUACAACAUGGUGCUGUCUGAUGACCUGAGGAGUCCACAGGGUAUGGUGGAGGGCACUGCAGCUUCUUUUGCUAACUCCUGGAAGGCCCAGACCAGCUGUGCGGACACCCCAGACAGACUGGAGGACCCUUGCUCACUCAGUGUUGACAAUGAAAACUUUGCUGAGCACUGGUGUUCUUUGCUCAAAAUGAAAGAGUCCAAUUUUUCAAAAUGCCACUCAGCUGUGAACCCAGAAAUCUACUACAAGAGGUGUAAAUACGCCAGCUGCACCUGUGAUAAGAGUGAGGAGUGCUUGUGUGCUGUAGUCUCCUCAUACGUGCGUGCCUGCGCCACCAAAGGAAUCUUCCUGCUUGGCUGGAGGGAUACUGUGUGCAACAAGUACACAGAUCACUGUCCGCCCACUCAGACCUUCUCCUACCAGCUUCAAGGCUGCCAGCGGACAUGCCGCUCCCUGAGCUCUGAUCGCCCGGCCUGCUCACCCGACUUUUUGCCAGUGGACGGCUGUGCCUGCCCCGAGGGCCUCUACUUAGAUGACUCUGGCAUGUGCGUUCAAAUGAACAAAUGUCCCUGCCUGCACAACGGAGACUACAUCAAGCCUGGCAAGUCCAUCACCGUAAAGGAAGAGCACUGCGUGUGUACCAAUGGGAAGCUUCACUGUAGAUCUUGGAGAAUACUGCCGAGGGGCUGUCCCACUCCCAUGGUCUUCUUCAACUGCUCGGCCACAGACAGCAGUGACACAGGGAUGGAGUGUGUCAGGACCUGCAAGCAUCGAGAUGUUGAUUGUAUCUCUGCGGAGUGUGAAUCUGGAUGUCGGUGCCCCGAUGGUCUACUGGAAGACGGCAGGGGCCACUGCGUGCAGGAGCACGACUGCCCAUGCCACCACGACGGGCACUACUAUGCCUCAGGCUCUCAGAUCCCAGUGAAAUGCAACAACUGCACUUGCUAUAGCGGAAAAUGGAUCUGCUCAAACAAUGUUUGCCCAAGCACCUGCACUAUCUAUGGAAGUGGGCAUUACCAGACCUUUGAUGAUCAGAGGUUUGGAUUCAAUGGAGAAUGUGGCUAUGUAGCUGUACAGGACAGGUGUGGGAGCCCAUCUGGCAAAUUCCAUGUGAUCACUGAAAAUGUACCAUGUGGAACCACUGGAACCACUUGCUCGAAAUCUGUCAGGAUUGUUUUAGGGAGAACAGAACUGAAACUGUCUGAUGGGGCAUAUGAGGUGUUGGACCUGGGAACCGGUCCUACGGUCAAGUACACCGUGAGGAACGUGGGUCUGUAUCUUGUCAUAGAGUCAGUCAUCGGAUUCACGGCAUUCUGGGACAGAAGAACAACAGUCCGUGUUAUUCUGCAGCCAGAGCACAUGGGAAAGGUGUGUGGCCUUUGCGGCAACUUCAAUGGAGAUGGCAAGGACGACUUCACCACUCAGAACCAGCUGCUUGUCAGCAACGUCCUGGAGUUUGCCAACAGCUGGAAAGUGUCCAGUUCCUGUCCAGAUGCGGAAGACAACUUUGACCCCUGCUUCAAAAAUCCCAACCGGCACACUUGGGCUAAGAUACAGUGCGGUAUUAUCAAAGGAGAGACCUUCAAAAACUGUCAUGCGAAGGUGGACCCUAAUCCCUACUUUGAGAACUGUGUGAAAGACUCCUGUGCCUGUGAUAAUGGUGGAGACUGUGAAUGCUUCUGCACAGCUGUGGCUGCAUACGCACAGGCCUGUAAUGAAGCGGGGGUCUGUGUGGCUUGGAGGACCCCAGAUAUAUGCCCUGUUUAUUGUGACUAUUACAAUGGCCCAGCUGAAUGCACGUGGCACUACAGUCCUUGCCACACCCCCUGCUACAAGACCUGCCUCCAUCCUGACGGAAUCUGUAGUAACCCCCUACCCAAUCUGGAAGGCUGUUACCCCGUCUGUCCUCCGGACAAGCCUAUAUUUGAUGAGGGACAGCAGAUUUGCGUUGAGGAAUGUGAAGGAUGUUUCAUUAAUGGACAUGAAUACAAACCAGGGGAGGAGGUCCCUACCGAUAUACCCUGUACUUCAUGCAUCUGUAACCAAUAUGGAAAUCUUACCUGUAACCAAAUUCCUGGUUGUUGUAUGUACAAUGGAACUGAGUAUGAAGAUCAUGAAGUUAUUUACAACGUGACAGACAGCAUGGGGAUGUGCUACUAUGCCAUCUGCAUCAAUGAGACAGUUAUUCAUAUAAAUGAGACGUGUACCACAUCACCCACACCAAGCACAACCCCCACAAUAGGACCACCUGUAGAUACAAGUAUAACGACUGUGGUGAGCUCAACAACAUCACCAGCCAGUCCUACAUCAACCGCAACAUCAGGACCCUCGACAACCCAAAAAACUACACCCUCAACUCCUCCAUGGGAUGUAACAACAGGACCAUCCAUUGGUCCUCCAACAUACACAGCAGGUCCUCAAGUGUCAGCAACCCCUGGGACAACCCCUCCAUCUACUUCAACCACAGCAACAGGACCUCCAAUAUCAAUCACAUCAAUGUCUACCCCAAGAACAGUAACAGUGGAAACAACAUUAUCAACAGGAGCACCAAGUACAAUAGUUACCACAGCCAUCACCCAUGAACCAGAGCCACCUACAACCACUACAACUCCUGGGACAACCCCUCCACCUACUUCAACCACAACAACAGGACCCCCACCGUCAUCUACAACCCCUGAGACACCAUUUCCACCUACGUCAACCACAACAACAGGACUCCCACCGUCACCUACAACCCCUGAGACACCAUUUCCACCUACGUCAACCACAACAACAGGACUCCCACCGUCAACUACAACUCCAGUACUAACUCCAGGAUCCUCACCUACAACAGGGCAAACCACUACACCUACUUUAAUCACAACAACAGGACCUCCACCAUCAACAUCAACUACACCCCCAGCAACACCAACCACAACAAUAUGCGUUGACUUCUGUGAAUGGACUGAAUGGUUUGAUGUGGACACGCCCUCUGUGACAGAGGAUGAUGAUGAAACAUAUGACAAUAUUAGAGAAAAUGGUAACGACAUCUGUCAGAAACCAGAGGAUAUCAGAUGUAGGGCUAUAGGCUAUGACGAUUACAGCUUUGAGGACUUUGUGGAGGACACAGGUCAAGUUGUUCAAUGUAAUGUUUCAUUUGGGUUGCUCUGUGAGAAAAACAAACAAACACGUCCACCAAAAAAAUGCUUUGAUUAUGAGAUUCAAGUAUAUUGCUGCAAACCUUGCAUAACAACAACAACUGUAACAACCCCUUCAUCACCAACAUCUAUUUCAACAAUGGGAUCUACACCAUCAACUGCAACCCCAGUAGUAACUCCAGGAUCCUCACCUACAACAGGGAAAACCACUACAACCCCUGGGACAACCCCUCCACCUACUUCAACCACAACAACAGGACCCCCACCAUCACCUACAACCCCUGAGACACCCCGUCCACCUAUUUCAACCACAACAACAGGACCCCCACCAUCAACUACAACCCCAGUAGUAACUCCAGGAUCUUCACCUACAACAGGGAAAACCACAGCUACCCCUGGGACAACCCCUCCACCUUCAACAGGGCAAACCACAACAACCCCUGCACCUACUUCAACCACAACAACAGGACCCCCACCAUCACCUACAACCCCUGAGACACCCCGUCCACCUAUUUCAACCACAACAACAGGACCCCCACCAUCAACUACAACCCCAGUAGUAACUCCAGGAUCUUCACCUACAACAGGGAAAACCACAGCUACCCUGGGACAACCCCUGCACCUACUUCAACCACAACAACAGGACCCCCCACCAUCACCUACAACCCCUGAGACACCCCGUCCACCUAUUUCAACCACAACAACAGGACCCCCACCAUCAACUACAACCCCAGUAGUAACUCCAGGAUCUUCACCUACAACAGGGAAAACCACAGCUACCCCUGGGACAACCCCUGCACCUACUUCAACCACAACAACAGGACCCCCACCAUCACCUACAACCCCUGAGACACCCCGUCCACCUAUUUCAACCACAACAACAGGACCCCCACCAUCAACUACAACCCCAGUAGUAACUCCAGGAUCUUCACCUACAACAGGGAAAACCACAGCUACCCCUGGGACAACCCCUCCACCUUCAACAGGGCAAACCACAACAACCCCUGGGACAACCCCUCCACCUACUUCGACCACAGCAACAGGACCCCCACCGUCACCUACAACCCUGAGACACACCCGUCCCACCUAUUUCAAAUCCACAACAACAGGACCCCCACCAUCAACUACAACCCCAGUAGUAACUCCAGGAUCUUCACCUACAACAGGGAAAACCACAGCUACCCCUGGGACAACCCCUCCACCUUCAACAGGACCACAACAACAGGACCCCCCACCGUCACCUACAACCCCUGAGACACCCCGUCCACCUGUUUCAACCACAACAACAGGACCCCCACCAUCACCUACAACGCCAGUAGUAACUCCAGGAUCCUCACCUACAACAGGGCAAACCACAACAACCCCUGGGACAACCCCUCCACCUACUUCGACCACAGCAACAGGACCCCCACCGUCACCUACAACCCCUGAGACACCCCGUCCACCUAUUUCAACCACAACAACAGGACCCCCACCAUCAACUACAACCCCAGUAGUAACUCCAGGAUCUUCACCUACAACAGGGAAAACCACAGCUACCCCUGGGACAACCCCUCCACCUACUUCGACCACAACAACAGGACCCCCACCAUCACCUACAACCCCUGAGACACCCCGUCCACCUAUUUCAACCACAGCAACAGGACCCCCGCCAUCACCUACAACCCCUGAGACACCCCGUCCACCUACUUCAACCACAACAACAGGACCCCCACCAUCACCUACAACCCCUGAGACACCCCGUCCACCUAUUUCAACCACAACAACAGGACCCCCACCAUCAACUACAACCCCAGUAGUAACUCCAGGAUCUUCACCUACAACAGGGAAAACCACAGCUACCCCUGGGACAACCCCUCCACCUUCAACAGGGCAAACCACAACAACCCCUGGGACAACCCCUGCACCUACUUCAACCACAGCAACAGGACCCCCACCGUCACCUACAACCCCUGAGACACCCCGUCCACCUAUUUCAACCACAACAACAGGACCCCCACCAUCACCUACAACCCCUGAGACACCCCGUCCACCUAUUUCAACCACAACAACAGGACCCCCACCAUCACCUACAACGCCAGUAGUAACUCCAGGAUCCUCACCUACAACAGGGCAAACCACAACAACCCCUGGGACAACCCCUGCACCUACUUCAACCACAACAACAGGACCCCCACCAUCACCUACAACCCCUGAGACACCCCGUCCACCUAUUUCAACCACAACAACAGGACCCCCACCAUCAACUACAACCCCAGUAGUAACUCCAGGAUCUUCACCUACAACAGGGAAAACCACAGCUACCCCUGGGACAACCCCUCCACCUUCAACAGGGCAAACCACAACAACCCCUGGGACAACCGCGCUCCACCUAACCACAGCAACAGGACCCCACCGGACCCCCACCAUCACAUCCCCAGUAGUAACUCCAGGAUCUUCACCUACAACAGGGAAAACCACAGCUACCCCUGGGACAACCCCUCCACCUUCAACAGGGCAAACCACAACAACCCCUGGGACAACCCCUCCACCUACUUCAACCACAACAACAGGACCCCCACCAUCACCUACAACCCCUGAGACACCCCCUCCACCUACUUCAACCACAACAACAGGACCCCCACCAUCACCUACAACCCCAGUAGUAACUCCAGGAUCCUCACCUACAACAGGGCAAACCACAACAACCCCUGGGACAACCCCUGCACCUACUUCAACCACAACAACAGGACCCCCACCAUCACCUACAACCCCUGAGACACCCCGUCCACCUAUUUCAACCACAACAACAGGACCCCCACCAUCAACUACAACCCCAGUAGUAACUCCAGGAUCUUCACCUACAACAGGGAAAACCACAGCUACCCCUGGGACAACCCCUCCACCUUCAACAGGGCAAACCACAACAACCCCCUGGGACAACCCCUGCACCUACUUCAACCACAACAACAGGGGAAACCACAGCUACCCCUGGGACAACCCCUCCACCUUCAACUUCAGCCACAACAACCCCUGGGACCCCCUCCACCUACUUCAUCAACAGGACCCCCCACCGUCACCUACAACCCCUGGGACAACCCCUCCACCUACUUCAACCACAACAACAGGACCCCCACCAUCAACUACAACCCCAGUAGUAACUCCAGGAUCUUCACCUACAACAGGGAAAACCACAGCUACCCCUGGGACAACCCCUGCACCUACUUCAACCACAACAACAGGACCCCCACCAUCACCUACAACCCCUGAGACACCCCUGUCCACCUAUUUCAACCACAACAACAGGACCCCACCAUCAACUACAACCCCAGUAGUAACUCCAGGAUCUUCACCUACAACAGGGAAAACCACAGCUACCCCUGGGACAACCCCUCCACCUUCAACAGGGCAAACCACAACAACCCCUGGGACAACCCCUCCACCUACUUCGACCACAACAACAGGACCCCCACCGUCACCUACAACCCCUGACACCCCUCCACCUAUUUCAACCACAACAAGGACCCCAAAUUCUAUCACCUGGGACACACCAGUAGUAACUCCAGGAUCCUCACCUACAACAGGGCAAACCACAACAACCCCUGGGACAACCCCUGCACCUACUUCAACCACAACAACAGGACUCCCACCAUCACCUACAACCCCUGGGACACCCCCGACCCCCACCGUCAACUACAACCCCUCCACCUACUUCAACCACAACAACAAGACCCUCACCAUCAACUACAACUCCAGUACUUACUCCAGGAUCCUCACCUACAACAGGGCAAAUCACUUCAACCCCUGGAACAACGCCUCCACCUACUUCAACCACAACAACAGGACCCCCACCAUCAACUACAACCCCAGUAGUAACUCCAGGAUCUUCACCUACAACAGGGAAAACCACAGCUACCCCUGGGACAACCCCUGCACCUACUUCAACCACAACAACAGGACCCCCACCAUCACCUACAACCCCUGGGACACCCGUCCACCUAUUUCAACCACAACAACAGGACCCCCACCAUCAACUACCACCCCAGUAGUAACUCCAGGAUCUUCACCUACAACAGGGAAAACCACAGCUACCCCUGGGACAACCCCUCCACCUUCAACAGGGCAAACCACAACAACCCCUGGGACAACCCCUGCACCUACUUCAACCACAACAACAGGACCCCCACCAUCACCUACAACCCCUGAGACACCCCGUCCACCUAUUUCAACCACAACAACAGGACCCCCACCAUCACCUACAACCCCAGUAGUAACUCCAGGAUCCUCACCUACAACAGGGAAACCACAGCAACCCCUACAACCCCUGCACCCCACUUUUAACCACAACAACAGGACCCCCACCGCCAACCCCCUGGGACAACCCUCCACCUUCAACCACAACAACAGGACCCCCCACCAUCACCUACAACCCCUGAGACACCCCGUCCCACCUAUUUCAACCACAACAACAGGACCCCCCACCAUCAACUACAACCCCAGUAGGCAAACCACAACCACCCCUGGGACAACCCCUCCACCUACUUCGACCACAGCAACAGGACCCCCACCAUCAUCUACAACCCCUGAGACACCCCUUCCACCUACUUCAACCACAACAACAGGACUCCCACCGUCACCUACAACCCCAGUAGUAACUCCAGAAUCCUCUCCUACAACAGGGAAAACCUCAGCAACCCCUGGGACAACCCCUGCACCUACUUUAACCACAACAACAGGACCCCCACCGUCACCUACAACCCCUGGGACAACCCCUCCACCUACUUCAACCACAACAACAGGACCCCCACCAUCAUCUACAACCCCUGAGACACCCCGUCCACCUAUUUCAACCACAACAACAGGACCCCCACCAUCAACUACAGUAGUAACUCCAGGAUCCUCACCUCCAACAUGGCAAACUACUAUAACUACAACUAAAACUCCACCCAUUCCAACGACAACAACGGGACGGCCACCAUCAACUCCAAUAACAAUCCCAGAAGCAACAACUCCAUGUGUCUGUAUAAUAAAUGGGAUCCAGUACAAACCUGGUGAUACCAUCUAUGAUAAUCAUCACAUUGGUUCAGGGAUCUGCCUCACAAUGAUUUGCUCCGAUAUCUGUGAGGUUCAGAACAGCACUGGACCUUGUCAAACCCCUUCCACACCCACACCCACACCCACUGUACCAGAUUGCCCUGAGUGGGACAAAGUGCAAAAUGAGACAUUUUGGAUCUGCGACUGCAUACUGGCACGCUGCAUUGAGGAUAAUAUCAUUGAGAUUAUCCCAUAUGAGUGCCCACCUCUUCAGAACAUCACCUGUGCUAAUGGGAAAAAUCCAGUGCUGGUUUGGGACGAGAAGUUAUGCUGCCAGCAAUACGCCUGUGACUGUUACUGUGAAGGAUGGGGAGAUCCUCACUAUGUUACAUUUGAUGGGCUUUCCUACAGCCACCAAGGAAACUGCACAUAUGUUUUGAUGGAGGAAAUCCACCCAGUGUUCGACUUCAAAAUAUACGUUGACAAUGUCAAAUGUGACCCUACUGAGAACGUUUCCUGUCCACGCUCAAUCAUAAUCUCGCACAAGUCAGAUGUUAUCACACUUAAAAACAACAACCUAAUGGGCCCUGCCAGAUUGGAGGCACAGAAAGAUGGCACUUCAUUGAAGCUCCCUUAUGCAAAGAACGGUGUCAGGGUGUCGUCAACUGGUCUCAAAUUGAUCUAUGAGAUCCCCAAGUUGCAAGUAGUAGUGACCUUUGGAAUAGUGGGCUUCUCAGUUAACCUUCCUUACCAGCGCUUCGGCAAUAACACGCAAGGACACUGUGGAACUUGCAACAACAACCCACAUGAUGACUGCAGGCUGCCUGACGGUCGGCUCGUUGAGAACUGUGCUAUAAUGGCUGACUUCUGGCCCGCCAAAGACGUGUACAGACCAGACUGCCCCGUGCCCAGUGUGGUGCCCACUGGAACACCAAUCCCAUUGCCAACACUCAGACCUUGUCACGAACACUCCGCGUGUGAUCUCAUCAAGAGCAAUUUGUUUGCCGAGUGUCACCCCCACAUCUCUCCCGACCGCUUCUUCGAUGGCUGUGUGUUUGACAGCUGUCACAUGUCUAAUCUGGUUGUGGAGUGCACCAGCCUGCAUAUCUAUGCUGAUGCCUGUGCCCAGAUUGGCGUGUGCGUUAACUGGCGGAACCACACCACCUUGUGUGCCAGCGACUGCCCAGCUGACAAGAUCUACAACCCUUGUGGUUCUGUAGAACAGCCAACAUGUUAUAGCGACCCAAGUGAACCACGCAUGAACACAGUAACAGAAGGUUGCUUCUGUCCUGAGGGCACCAAACUCUUCAGCAAAGAUUCCACUGUCUGUGUGGACAAAUGUGGAUGUUUGGAUGCUGAUGGCGUUGCGCGAGAGUUAAACGAGAGGUUUGAGUACAAGUGUCAGGACUGUGUGUGUGAGGAGGGCACCCGGGCCAUCACAUGUAAGGUCAAGCAGUGCCCGCCACCCAGCGCCAUCCUCUGCACACAGCCAGGCUUUGCCCUGGUCAACUCAACUGACCCCGCCAACCCCUGCUGCCAACAGCUGUCCUGCCGAUGCAACAGCUCUCUGUGUCCCACCCCUAAUAAAAAGUGUGCAGUGGGCUACGAGCCAGUGCUAACGUUAACAGAGGGAAGAUGCUGCCAGGACAUUACCUGUGAUCCCAAGAAAGUCUGCGUACAUAAAGGGGCGGAAUAUAAGCCUGGAGACAGCGUGCCGGUGAUAGCCUGUCAAGAAUGCAAAUGUACUACACGAAAAGAUCCCCGUACAUCUCUUUUACAAGUCGACUGCAAGAUGGUUGAGUGUAAAACAGACUGCGAACCUGGCUAUAACUAUCAUCUUGACUAUUACGACUAUGAGGCAUGUUGUGGGGAGUGCAUCCAGACUCACUGCUCUUUUAACGUCAGUGGAACUGCACAUCUGCUGGAGCCUGGCAGCACCUGGUCAUCUCCUGACAACAAAUGUGUGACCUACAGCUGCACUGAUGCGGGAGGCAAAUUUAUAGUCACCAAGUCAGACAUCCAGUGUCCCCCAUUCAAGGAGAGCAACUGCCAGCCAGGAACCAUUCAGACUCUCUCUAAUGGUUGCUGCCAAGUUUGCGAGCCUAAAAACACCGGCUGCCAGGUGGAGACAGUGUUGAGGACAAUCACCUACCAAGGCUGCCAGUCUCAGGAUGAAGUGGAGAUGUCCUACUGUGAGGGGUCCUGCAACGCUUUCAGCAAGUACUCUGAGCUGGAGGCCUCGAUGAAGCACACCUGCACGUGUUGCCGCGAGUCCAAGACAAGCAACCGUACUGUGACCCUCACCUGCCUGGAUGGCAGCAAGGUGCCCUACACCUAUACGCACGUGGAACAGUGUGAGUGCAGCAACAAGCUGUGUGACGAGGGCAACACUUGGGCAGCCCGCACCCGCGGCACUGGGAGAACCACAGCGCGACGGAGGAUCAGCACCGGAGUAGAAAGCCCCAUAGUCAAGAGAAGCGUUUUGGACAGAGGGGGCUAGAGAGAGAGAGAGAGAGAUACGUGUGCACAAUCCUGACCUUGUUCCGGCAUGGCAAUAAUCUCUGUUGAUGUUUUGUCAACCAUAUCACACCCAGUUCCUGACUCAUCUUAGACAGGAACUGAAAUUUUCUUGUCUCUUGAAAGGGCUUUGCUAGUUUAUCUUAUGUACUGAUAUAUGUCUAAAUGUCUUAGUAAUAUGCUUAUGUUCUGCUUAUUAAUUAAACUGCAAUUUAAAAAUAUA